UUCUCAUACGAAUCAGUUGCUGUAACUAUUGUUAUGUGUUAAUUAUUAGUUGGAAAUGAGAAGCAAAUGUUAUAUCCUAUUGGGAUUAGUUACAUUAUUCAGUUAUUCUCUUUUAUUUUUUUGGAUAGCUUACUGAAAUCAUGUAGCAUUAGAGUUCUGUUUUAUAUUUUUUUAAAGCCUUUCAUUUGGUCUGGUGAAGCAUAUUUCAGUAUCAUUACAACCGCGUGGCGUGUGAUGAAGAACCUAAUUGGGUUUGGAAUUGUUAUUUGAAUAUUAGAGCUACAUCCAGAUGAUUCAUUCUUGCCAUGAGACAUCCUCCGUUAGCAUUUGAAAGGAAUGGUGGCUAUGGAAGAUGGUUAGUUGAUAAUUCAACCGGUAAUUACUUGUGACUCACCAAGGGAAUUUAACUGUCGAAACAAAGAGAUAUAUCGGGUAGGGUUCUGCCAUUUCAUAACAAGAAGUAAUUUGUAUCCUUAAACUAUUAGUUUGAAGCAACAUGAUGCCAAUGUGGAUUGGAUGUAUGUCACUUUUCAUGGUGCUCUAAAGAUCUUAAAAUUCUAAAAUCACACUGAAUGCUGCUCAUAUCUGAAAUUGAGUAUUUAGCUGAUGGCUUAUUCUUUCGUAGAAUCAGUAAAGUUGGAAUAGUACCUUGUUUUGACUCUUGAUUUGCCAAGUUUGGAUGUCCACAAGAACAGAGUCCAUCUGUGGAUUCCAGCUCGAAGUCCAGGUGCUCCCAAUAGUGUGGUUUUAGGGCAUUGGUGUAAUUUUGCCCAAGGGCAAACAGUGGAAUUCCGCAUUGGAUACCAGAGAUCUUUGUACCCAUCUUUAAGAGGUAGUUGUGUAAUGUCCAUUUGUGCCGGGAUAGUGUCAGCCAAAUCAGUGCUAUUAUCUUUGAAGUUCUAAAUAACGGAUCUUUGAAGCUUUGUUCACCUUCUGGCUCAUGGAAUACUCUGAGUAUACAUUGUCACGGACGUAUAUUGAUGCGUUGCUUAUUCUUAUCAUGUUUUUAUAGCCUGGAACCUUGGGUUUAUGGGCUCUUGGUUGGAGUUGCUUUUGGGGAAUCUUUGGGUUGAUGACUUGAUCGGAUUUGGGACUACCCCGCCUUUCCCUCAUUGCCGGUUUCGUAAGGAGUAUGUUGUGUUUCUUUUUGCCGAAGUGAGGUUCAUGUGGAGUCGUCACAACACGUCAACAGCUGCAAUGAACUCGGUGUUUCAUCUAAUCCUUUUCAGUUAUUUUCUCGUUAUGGACCUUAUGGUUGUGUUCUUGUUUUUGUCCUUGCAGUUGCCAAAUAACUGGAGGUCUCACCGUGUCCGUUCCUACACCUACACACCUUCAGAUUUUCAUUGCCGAUGAGAUCCAUGGUACAGGUUUUUUUUCUUUCAUGGUGGUUGUGGAUGGAACGAGACACACGCAACCCCUUUUUGGGAAUUAGCACUAUCAUUGUGUCGGUGGUAAUGGCUGUCGGUGUUGGGGGCUUGCUUGGAGCAGAGCAUGCUGUUUUACGUACUUCUUUGAAAACUUCGCAACCAGAGCCUUACUUCAACCAAAAUCAGACCGAGUUUACUCGAUGCAAGUGUUUAAGUCAUGAUGUUUUCCGAUAACCAGCCAAAAGGAGAGCAAUGUACUUUUAUUUACAUUGGAUUGGAUACAAUCCAAAAGUUUGACAUAUGUCAUACAACAUAAUAAUCAAUUUCUGUCGUAAAAGAAUAAACCAAUAGUGUUGAUUGCUUCGGUAUCAUCACAGUGGAAAUCGUACUAAAUGUGACGGAGUGUGCAAUGUAUGUACCAAAGGUAUACUGGAUUGUAAAAUUUCUGCAGAAUAUACAUGGCAUAGAAACCAUAGCAAACAUUUUCCCUCUAAAACAACCAGUGUUUCUUCCUCGGCUUAUGUUGUAUGGGAGCAUC